AUGAGAAACUUCCUAAGAAAUGAGAUAAGGGUACUGGGUACAUCGAAGAAAGCAAAAAGGAAAAAACACCUACGACAUGAUGUUGAUGCUUUGUUUCAAAAAAACGCCUACAACUUGUCGUUGCAAUGCUCUGCUACUUGUUUCCCAAAUUCCCUUGUGGGAACAAAAAAUGUAAUUUGGCAUGGGGUGAUGGUGGUGUCACAUUUGGCAGCCGUGAGAGCUUCCUUCAAAUCCACGUGUAAUUGGCAUAAGGAAGGCAACUUGGUUGGAUGGGUUCUAGUUGUCAAAAGGAGCCGUUACUUGCUCCACGCCACUUUUGACCUCUCCCGAUGGAGCUUUUUCGCCUCUCGCAGCAUUGCCGCCUUUGGUGUAAUUGUCAGGGAUAGUAGUGGAACUGCUCAGUUUUGGCGGUGUGGGAAAGUGAAGGUGUCUUCAGCUUGUGCGAUAGAGGCAUGGGCCCUAAGGAGAGCUUGCAAUUCAAAAAUUGAAGCAGAUUAUUCUCAAGUGAUUUUCGAGUCUGAUAGUCAAGUGGUGAUACAAAGCGUUCAAGGAAGAAUUAAUUGUCCAUGGGAGAUCCAUACUGUGGUGGAAGAUAUCAAGACUUGGGCUAAAGGAAGAAAUUGGUCCUUCAUCUGGGCUGGUAGAAUGAAGAACAAGGCUGCUUAUUGGUUGGCUUCUUAUAGUAUUAAUAGUUGUUCUUCUAUUCAAUUGGGUUGUAUUCUGCCCGAUUUUGAUUCUAUUUUGCAUAAAGAUUCUAAAUCCUCACCGUCUUUUAGCUGUCAAGUUUCCAUACGCCCCUCCACCCCGUCAUUAUAUAACAGUACAAAAACCCUAGACACAGUGACACGGUUCAAACCCUACUUCUCUCUCUCUACCAAAUCAGUUAACCGAACACUCUACUUCCUCUCUCCCUCCCUCCGAAUGGCAGAUCCAGAGCACAGAGACGCGGAAGAACCGGCCGCCGGCGAAGACGAAGACACCGGAGCACAGGUCGCACCGAUCGUCAAGCUCGAAGAGGUCGCCGUCACCACCGGCGAAGAAGAGGAAGACGCCAUCCUCGAUCUGAAAGCCAAACUUUACCGAUUCGACAAGGACGGCAACCAGUGGAAGGAGAGAGGCGCUGGAACUGUGAAGCUUUUGAAGCACAAGGUUACCGGAAAAGUUCGUCUCGUUAUGCGCCAAUCGAAGACUCUCAAGAUCUGCGCCAACCAUCUCGUUAUUGCUACCAUGUCGGUUCAGGAGCAUGCAGGAAACGAAAAGUCUUGCGUCUGGCACGCUGCGGAUUUUGCUGAUGGGGAACUCAAGGACGAACUCUUUUGCAUCCGAUUCGGAUCGGUGGAGAAUUGCAAAACCUUUAUGGAAACGUUCCAAGAUGUAGCUGAAUCACAACAAAAGAAAGAAGAAAACAAAGAUGCAUCUGCUGCUGCUGGGCUGCUCGAGAAGUUGAGUGUUGAAGAUGAAAAAACAGAAGACAAGGCCAGUGAAGAAGUCCCUGUUGCAGCCAAGGAGAAGGAAUCUGAAAGUGAACCUGUGAAAGUCGAUGCAGAGAAAAAGGGAGAGACUUCUGCUCCUUCAACUUAAGGUGGGAAUGUCGGUAUUCCUUCCAAUGUGGCAAGGUUACUAGUCUGACCUUGUUUACCACCCAAUUCUCGGUAUACUCUGUUAAAUGGUCAAAUGGAGUGGCGUAUGGUUAUGGGUGAGAAAUGGUGUGGAUUUGUCAGUCGGUCAUUGGAGUCUUUGGUCAGUAUCCUUCGAAAUCCGAGUCCAGUUUUCGUGUCAUGGUUAUCUUGGUUCAGGGUGGUUCUUAGUUUGCCCUUCGAUGUACUUACUCGCCUGGUGAAGUUUCUUGUCAAGUUAUUCUUAUGCCGGUUUUGUUUCUAUAUGCUUAUAUGAACAGAGUUUUUUUUCAUGAGAUUGUAAUCUUAUUAAAAAAAAAAAAAACAUAUUUUGGUCAAA